AUGAGCCCGCUGCGGGGCUGGCUGCUCGCCGCGCUCCUCUCGCUCGCCCCGCGGGCAGGUCUGGCCGUGCAGCCGGGCUGGCCACAGCGGAGGGUCCCCCGGGCCGGAUGGCAGGACAGGGGGGUGGUGUCCCAGGUCACCCACCCCAGCAGGCUGGUGGGGCAGAGCUCCGGAGGAGAGGUCCAGAGGCAUCAGCUGGACACCAGGGUCAGGAAUGAGCCUGGAGGAGGAAGAGGAAGAGGAGGCCCGGAGCUGCACCUGGCCCGGGUGAGCUUCGUGGUGCCCGCCUUCGGCUCCGCCUUCACCCUCGACCUCCGGCUGAACCACCACCUCCUCGCCUCCCACUACCAGGAGCGGCACCUCGGGGUGCGCAGCAACGGCACCCGCAGCACCCACAGCUCGGGUGCUGGGGAGCACUGCUACUACCAGGGCCGGCUCCGGGGGCGGCCCCGCUCCUUCGCCGCGCUCUCCAGCUGCCAGGGCCUGCGUGGAGUCUUCUCGGACGGCCGAGCCACCUACCUGAUAGAGCCCCAGGUGGGCACCGAGCAGGGGCAGGGCCUCCAACCACACGUCGUCCAGCGCAUCCCCAGCUGCGCCCAACCGGGCUGCCUCUCCCCUGUGCUCAGCCAGCAGCUCACGGGCGGGUCACCAAAGCUGCGGCGGCGGCGGCAGCUCCGCCGGUCCCAGCACACGGUUCACAGCGAGACCAAGUACAUCGAGCUGGCAGUGGUGAACGACCACCAGCUGUUCCUGCAGCUCCGCAAGUCCGUGGUUCUCACCACCAACUUCGCCAAGUCCGUGGUCAACCUGGCCGACAUGAUCUACAAGGAGCAGCUCAACACCCGCAUCGUGCUGGUGGCCAUGGAGACCUGGAGCUUGGAGGACCGGAUCCGCAUGGGGGAGGACUCCCUGGAGACCCUGACUGAGUUCAUGAAGUACCGGCGCGAGGGGCUGGCGGAGCAGAGUGACACCGUCCACCUCUUCUCGGGUCGGACCUUCCAGAGCAGCCGCAGUGGAACCGCCUUUGUGGGGGGCAUCUGCUCGCCCACCCGUGCUGGGGGCGUCAACGAGUACGGCAACGUGGCGGCCAUGGCGGUGACGCUGGCGCAGACGCUGGGGCAGAACCUGGGGAUGAUGUGGAACAAGCACCGCACGGCCGCAGGGGAUUGCCGGUGUCCGGACUCCUGGCUGGGCUGUAUCAUGGAGGACACAGGGUAUUACCUCCCACGGAAGUUCUCCCGCUGCAGCAUUGAUGAGUACAACCAGUUCCUGCAGGACGGUGGUGGCAGCUGCCUCUUCAACAAACCCCUGAAGCUCCUGGACCCUCCGGAGUGUGGCAACGGCUUCGUGGAGGCGGGCGAGGAGUGUGACUGCGGCUCGCUGGCGGAGUGUGCAAGGAGUGGGGGCAACUGCUGCAAGAAGUGCACGCUGACCCACGACGCCAUGUGCAGCGACGGGCUCUGCUGCAAGGGCUGCAAGUACGAGCCGCGCGGCGUGUCCUGCCGAGAGGCCGUGAACGAGUGUGACAUCCCCGAGAGCUGCACCGGGGACUCCAGCCAGUGUCCCCCCAACCUCCACAAGCUGGAUGGCUACUUCUGUGAGAACGAGCAGGGACGAUGCUACGGCGGGCGCUGCAAAACCCGGGACCGGCAGUGCCAGGCGCUGUGGGGCCGCGGCUCUGCCGAGCGCUUCUGCUACGAGAAGCUGAACGUGGAGGGGACCGAGAGGGGCAACUGCGGGCGCGAGGGCCUGGGCUGGCUGCAGUGCAACAAGCAGGACGUUCUCUGCGGUUUCCUCCUCUGCGCCAACAUCUCGGGCGCGCCGCGGCUGGGCGAGCUGAGCGGCGAGGUGGCCACCACCACCUUCUUCCACCAGAACCGAUACGUGGACUGCAGGGGAGGCCACGUGCAGCUGGUGGACGGGUCGGACCUGAGCUACGUGGAGGACGGGACGCCCUGCGGGCCCGGGAUGCUGUGCCUCGACCACAAAUGCCUUCCAGCCAGCGCCUUCAACUUCAGCUCCUGCCCCGGCAGCUGGGACGGGAAGAUCUGCUACGACCACGGGGUUUGCAGCAACGAGGGGAAGUGCAUCUGCCGGACGGAGUGGACGGGGAAGGACUGCAGCGUCUACGACCCCAUCCCCGAGCCGAGGCCGACGGGGGAGACGGAGCGAUACAAGGGAACAUCCGCCGAGGAAGGUCCGGGGGGGCCUGAGGGGGGGCAACCCUCCCCCCACCCCCCCCAGCGCCUCAUUAACAGCAAUUAACCGGGGUGCUGCUGCUGAGAGGUCGACUGAGGAGGAGAAUGGGGGGGGAGGGGCACGCAGGACCCCCUCAACCACCCCAUGAAUGUCUGUGCCCCCCUGGCCCCUGCCCCGGGGUGGGCAGCACCUGGAUGAAUGUAACUGUCAGGAGGGGACAAGGGAGGUGUCCCCACACCCUGCCCCUGCACCCCCCAUCAGCAUCUUCCAGCCUUGGGGCCCCAAUUGCCAGCCAGUAUAUCCCAGUACCGGGCCAGUACCAGGUCAGCCCCCCCCCCCCCUUCCCCCUCAGAGCAGGGCUGGGAGUUGUGUGUCGUCCCCCCAGAUGCCAGGUCUGGGAUGGCCUCUGGGGGCCAGCUCUGCACCCCCAGGCAUGACCCCCCCUCCUUGGGGUACAUCCCCCCAAACUGUUCCCCACCCCCAAAUGUCACAGCUGCACCCCUCUGCCAUGGGACCCCUAGGUUCUCCACCGUGGGGACUGCUCCCCCUCUCCCCCAGCUCAGGCAGGUGAUCCCCAAACUGGUGGCACUGGGGCUGGUGGGCAGCAGACAGAGUGAGCCCUGGGCUGGUGGCACAUGGGGCUGCUCAGUGGGUGGCAUGUGUCACCCCAGCCCCAUGGCAGGCUGAUGGCACCUGUGUCCCCCCACCCCAGGCUGGUGCACAGCCCCUGCUGGGUGUCCCCCAUCCCCACAGCAGGUGGGUGGCACAUGUCACCCAUCCCUCUGGCAUGUGUCACCCUGCACAGAGUGGCUCUGCAGGGCCACCCAACCCACAGGACCAUGAAGCACCAGGGGCCACACAGAUCCCUUCAACCACUGGUGACACUCAGCAUCAGGGGGAACAGCAGGGGAUGACACCCCACACCCCUGGCAGUGUGGGGGUGUCCCCUCUGUGUCCUCCCUUGCCCCCUGUCCCUGCCUGUCACCAGGUCUCUUUGCCAUGGUGGCAGGGAGUGAGCAGGGGUGUCCCCAAGCCCGGCCACAGCCAAGGUGCACGGUGACCCCCAGUGUUGUGUGACAGCCCAGCUGGGUGCCCUGGCUGUGGUGGCAUCAGGCAGGGGACAGGGCAGCCAUGAUGGCACGUUGGGAGAUGACAGUGGGACCAAGGCUGGCUGGAUGUCCCCAGGAUUGGCUUUGGUGGUGGCUUCUUGUGUGACAGGCUGGGGACCUGGGGACCUGGGGCCACCAUGGGCAUGGGGAGGCGUGUCUGGAUCAGCCCCCCCAUCUGUAUCACUGUCCCCACAGCUGUUACAGCCACAGUGCCAGGGUGGUCACUGCAGCGAGGGGACACCCCGGGUUCAGAACAAGAAGCCCCCGUUGUCACUGGGUUUAGGAACAUUAAUAUAAUAUAUCUAUAAAAAUACUGUUUUUUUUCUUAACGAUGUUAAUGCUGUCAGGUCAGGUGGUGCCGGGGGGGGCGGCCUGGGGGUGCACCCAGUGCUUCCAGGAGAGCAACCCCCUCCCCAGGCCCCCCCAGGCUGAGCCGAUGGGCCCGAUCCUGGCACCGGGGACACAAACACAAGCACAGCGGGCGGAGACACCCCCCCCCUCCCCCGCCGCCAACCCCCCACUCCUGGAAGGGGGGGGGGGGAGGUGCUGGGGAAGGGGCUUUUCGGCCCCCCCGCCCGCCUUGUCCCCC